GACGAGACUGUUGCUCGUGGUAUGAGCAGCUUGGUCAGUCGAGUUUCUUAUAGUACAGAUCAGUCUUUUCAAGAGGUGGACAUGCAUAUCACAAUCGCCUUUGACGAAGUCCAAACAGGCGUGAUGUGCGGGGCAGUGACUAUGAUUGGCCGUGUCGUGUACAAGAUAUAGUGUGCGAAAUCAUGUUGAUGUUGACCUGGAGUGGUAUACCCAGCCAAAGUCAGGGCUUGGCAUGGAUCUGGAUGGAAGUGGAAAGUUCCGGAGGACCUGGAAGCUUGUCCAAAAAAUCGUUUCGUCAGACAGCCCUCGCCGCCGUGAACGGACGCCGACAAGCAACACUAUCGCUCACCAACCUCACAUACUACAACUACCACAAUGGGUAUCUGGGACUCCUUCACCGGUCGCAAGACAGCAGAGCAAUCUCCGCAGGAUGCGCCCAUGCAAGAUAUGGCCGUGACGACAUCGUCGCAACCUCAAUUCGAAGCCCAGGACGUCAACUCUUUCUUCAACACCCCCGGCGCCUUCGACCCAGCAUCACUACAUCCUCUCGCUGGCCUCAACCAGGACACUCUCGAUUAUCUCUCGCUCGACGAUCAAGCGCUGUCAGAGCUGCCCGGUAACCGCAGUGCUCUUCCGUCGCGCGGCUGGUCCGACGACCUGUGUUACGGUACUGGCGUUACAUACCUCGCUGGUCUGACUGUUGGUGGUGCCUGGGGUCUUGCAGAGGGUCUGAACAGAUUGCCAGCAUCUUCGCCGCCAAAGCUUCGUCUCAACUCGGCACUGAACGCCAUCACCCGUCGCGGUCCUUUCCUAGGCAACUCUGCUGGUGUUAUCGCCAUGGUCUACAACGGCUUCAACUCCUUCAUCGGCCACUACCGUGGUCAGCACGACGCUGCCAACAGCAUUGCUGCUGGUGCCUUGAGCGGAAUGCUUUUCAAGAGCACCAAGGGAAUCAGACCCAUGAUGAUCUCUGGCGGUCUUGUAGCUGGUACUGCUGGUGCCUGGACUUUCGUUCGCCAGAUGAUCUAGACUUCUGUAUCUCCUCCGCUCUAUAAUCUUGCCAGGUCCUGAAGCCGAACAUGCCGCCGUCAGGACAUUCCUUCUAGACCUGCAGUCAUGACUUUCUCAUGAUCAUCACCUCCUUCCUCGACCCGACCUCCCCCUCCUCACAUGUGUACAGUAGAAGCAAAAAGAACCGCGGGUUGGGCAUUGCAAGGCGUCACGGAUCAAUCUUCUUUUACUCUUUUACAGCGACUUUUCUCGAAUUACAAGGUUCCGUUCUCGAAUCUCCUCUCCAAUCUCUGCCACGGUGGGUGCAGAUGCUAUUCUCUUUAGUGUUGGUUUUUUCAGGAAAAAGAAGGAUUCCGCUUCGUAACCUAUCGGAUUCGUUAGGGAACGGAAUAGAAGUGCCCAGUUUUGAUGACAG